GGACGUAGCCGCACGUCUGUCCUGGACGGGUUUAAGGACUACAACUCCCAGCGUACCACUCUAGCUUUACAAGGCGGAAAGUCCUGAACCAGGAACCGGAUAUGUCCUGUUGCUCCGGCGAAACGCUGGGGAGAUGGUGAGCCUUGGGGCCACAGGGACAGACCAAGCGGUGGGAUUUGGCCUUGUCGCCAUCAGCCUGAUUAUCUUCACCUACUACACUACUUGGGUGAUUCUUUUGCCGUUCAUUGACAGCCAGCAUGUCAUCCACAAGUACUUCCUGCCUCGCGCCUAUGCUGUCCUCAUCCCACUGGCCACAGGCCUCCUGUUACUCCUGUUUGUGGGAUUGUUCAUCACCUACGUGAUGCUGAAGAGCCAGAGGGUGACCAAGAAGGCUCAGUGAAGGUCCAGCAGGGAUGAGACUACCAGAGCCUUCUCCAUAUCUCCUCCAGGGAAGGGACCAAGGGUCACAGCCUGCAAGACAGUCAUCCUGGCUGUGCUGAAACCCUCUUCGGGAGGCGGAGCUGCUUACAACUCAACCCUGACAAACGAGCCCUCCUCUCUUACUUGUCCUUCCAGAAGUCGAGAGGAAGGGGGAUUGGGACCUCUCCCUCGCCCCCUUCAGGCUCAGGGUCUGAACAUUGCUGGUCCUGCCCACCAGUCAAAGCUCCCUGCCACUCCCACUGGGUUCCGCUCUCUCUCCGUUUUCCCCUUGUCACGUGCUGAUAGACGGAGCAGGCUCCAGGUUGUGUGCAGCUCCCUGCCUCUGUACAAACCCUGUCCCUUCACACGGCAGCUCUUCUGAGUCUGACACUGUCCAGACCCCGUGAGGACUUCUGGACCCAGAAAGCCCUAGGGAAAGACUGACAGACCACAGAACCCAGAGACAUCCAGGCAGCCGCCCCAGAUCCCAGCUGGCCUGUUUGGGAAAACUUACAAAUAAAUGUUGAUCAUGGUG